GCCUCUGUGUUACCCGCCGGCAUCAGUUAACUUCCCUUCCUUCCCACGGCCGCUGCUAGUGCUAAACCCUGAAAACCCUACUCGCCGAGCAGACGACCUCCGGGGUUUCUGCUGUGUGCUCUUGAUUGGCAUCUGGCUGCUUGAUCAUGAAGAAUCUGAAGCUUUCCACGGAGGCGUCUCUGAACGUCGAGCUCCAGGCAGAAGAUGAAGUGCUGUUGUUCUCCGCCUUCGAUAUUGAGCGGAACCGGCUGUUCUUCGUCUCCUCCGCGAACUUCAUAUACACAACGGAGCUGUAUUCGUUCCAAAAUGAUGAAGCCUGGAGGAAAACUGUAGUGCCAGCAGAAGUUGAUCAGGUCGAUUUGGAGGAUGGGGACUUUGUUACUGCCUUCGACUACUUAAUGGAGAAAGAAGCGCUGAUACUGGGUACUUCUAAUGGAUUGAUGUUGCUGCAUAGUGUGGACGCUCAUGUCACAGAGGUUGUCGGCAGAGUUGAGGGUGGUAUUAAGUGCAUCUCGCCCAGUCCCGAUGGAGACCUGCUUGGUAUUACCACUGGUUUCGGGCAGCUUUUAGUAAUGACACAUGAUUGGGAUUUAUUGCAUGAGACUACAGCAGAGGACCUUCCUGAAGCUGUUGACGUAAAUGAAUCUACUUUUUCUUCUGCACCUAUGUUUGGAAGUUCAAUUUCUUGGAGGGGUGAUGGGAAGUACUUUGCUACACUAAGUGAGCUCUGCAAUUCUUCCAUGCAUAAGAGGAUUAAGGUUUGGGACCGAGAUUCAGGUACAUUAUUGGCGACUUCUGAAGCAAAGCCCCUGGUGGGAACUGUGCUAGAAUGGAUGCCUAGUGGUGCCAAAAUUGCUGCCGUAUGUGAGAGGAAGAUGGAUGGUGACUCUCCUUUGAUAAUUUUCUUUGAGAGGAAUGGAUUAGAAAGAAGCUCAUUUAGCAUUAACGAUCAGGUAGAUUCCAAGGUACAGAUUUUGAAGUGGAAUUGCAGCUCAGACCUUCUUGGGGCCCUUGUCAGUUGUGAAAAUCACGACUGUGUUAAGAUUUGGUCUUGCAGCAAUAACCAUUGGUACUUGAAACACGAACUUAGAUACCCGAGGGAAGAUGGAUUGAAAUUCAUGUGGAAUCCAGCAAAGCCUUUUCAGUUGAUCUGUUGGACACUGAGAGGACAGAUCACAACUUACAACUUUAUUUGGACCACGGCCAUCUCAGAGAACUCAACAGCCUUUGUGAUAGAUGGUAAUAAGAUACUCGUGACACCGCUCUCUAUAUCCCUAUUGCCACCUCCGAUGUACUUAUUCAGCCUGCAGUUCUCUAGCGCUGUUCGUGAUAUAGCAUUUUGUUCGAAGAAUUCAAAGAGCUCUUUGGCUGCAUAUUUGUCUGACGGCUGUUUGUGUAUUGUGGAACUUCCUGAAAUAGAUAUGUGGGAAGAGUUGGAAGGUAAGGAGUAUAGAGUUGAAGCUUCUCUGUAUGAGGCAGUAUUUGGAUCGUUUGUGCAUCUUACGUGGUUGGAUACGCGCACUCUUCUCGGUGUGUCUUCUUAUGAGAGUAGUCACAUUAAGUGCCACAAUCAAACCUCAACUGGCAAAGAAAGGCUCUCAGGUUACUAUAUGCAGGAAAUGGAGCUCUUUUGCUCUGAGGAUCAUGUGCCAAGCUUAAUGACCUGUUCCGGCUGGCAUGUCAACAUUGCCAAUCAUAUUUCUCUGGAGACACCAGUUGUUGGUAUUGCUGCCAAUCCUGCUAAGAAAUCUGCUGCAUAUAUUCAAUUCAAUGGUGGAAUUAUUUCUGAGUACACUUCAAAGUUGUCCAGCCAAGGAGGAUCUCUGAGACGGGUAGAUUCUAGCUUUUCAUCCACCUGCCUUUGGAUGAGUGCAGUCCUUUGUGUUGAAAGUUCUGAUCCUCUGCUUUUUGGACUGGAUGAAGUAGGGAGGCUUCAAGUCGGUGGAAAGAUUCUUUGCAAUAACUGCAGCACUUUCUCGUUCUAUUCAAAUCUUGCGGAUCAAACGAUUACACAUUUAAUUCUUGCCACCAAGCAGGACUUGCUUUUCAUCAUUGAAAUUAGAGAUAUACUGCAUGGGGAUGUGGAAGAAAAGUAUGAGAACUUCACCCAUUCUGUUAACAAGAAACUAAAAGAAGAGAAAAAAAGUUUUGUCAAUAUUUGGGAAAAAGGUGCCAAAAUUGUUGGUGUCUUGCAUGGAGACGAAGCUGCAGUUAUAAUCCAAACAAAUCGGGGCAAUCUCGAGUGCAUUUAUCCGAGGAAGCUAGUCUUGGCCUCGAUCAUCAAUGCACUGGUCCAGCUGCGUUUCAAAGAUGCCCUUCUUAUGGUAAGGCGUCACAGAAUAGAUUUCAAUGUAAUUGUUGACCACUUUGGCUGGCAAGUAUUCCUCCAACAUGCUCCAGAAUUUGUCAAGCAGGUUGAGAAUUUAAACCACUUGACAGAGUUCAUCUUCUCUAUAAAAAGAGAGAACACCUCGGAGACACUGUACAAAAGUUAUAUUUCUUUGCCUUCUGCAAAGGAGGCCAAGGAUGCGGAAGUAAGAGGUCUGAAGGUAUAUGAUACCACCAACAAGGUGUCUUCGGUCCUUCUGGCCAUAAGAAAGGCUAUUGAAGAACAGCUACCUGAAACGCCUGCAAGAGAGCUGUGUGUAUUAACAACGUUUGCUCGAAGUGAUCCUCCUGCCCUCGAAGAAGCUCUCAAGAGAGUAAAGGCGAUCCGUGAAAUGGAACUAUUGGAUUCGGAUGACCCGAAGAGAAAAUCUUAUCCAUCUGCCGAAGAAGCUCUGAAGCAUCUCUUGUGGUUAUCUGAUGCUGAGGCAGUUUAUGAAGCUGCUCUGGGACUUUACGACCUAAAUCUUGCUGCUAUGGUGGCCCUGAACUCCCAAAAGGACCCGAAGGAGUUCCUUCCAUUCCUUCAAGAACUCCAGCGAAUGCCAUCUCUCUUAAUGCGGUACACGAUUGACCUUAAGCUACGCAGGUUUGAGAACGCCCUCAGGCACAUUGCAUCUGCUGGAGAUGCCCACUACAAUGAUUUUAUGAACCUUAUAAAGAAGAACCCCCAGCUCUUUCCUCUCGGGCUUCAACUGAUUGCUGAUCCUGCCAAGAAGAGUCAAGUACUUGAGGCAUGGGGUGACCACCUUAAUGAAACCAAAUGCUUCGAGGACGCUGCGAUCACCUUCUUGUGCUGUUCCAAUCUCGAAAAAGCUUUGAAGGCAUAUCGCUCUUGUGGUAACUGGGCCGGGGUUCUUACAAUUGCUAGUCUUCUGAAAUUGGGGAGUGAGGAGAUUCUGCAACUGGCUCAUGAGCUAUGCGAAGAGCUUCAAGCACUUGGGAAGCCUGCAGAUGCAGCGAAAAUUGCUCUGGAAUAUUGCAGAGAUGUCAAGUUGGGUUUGGGUUUGUUGAUAGGUGCACAAGAAUGGGAGGAAGCCAUGAGGGUUGCUUUUAUGCACAGGGAGGACGAUCUCAUCUCUGAAGUUAAGACGGCUGCUUUAGAAUGUGCAUCCACUCUGGUUGGCGAGUAUGAAGAAGGAUUGGUGAAAGUUGGAAAAUAUUUGGCUCGAUACUUGGCUGUUAGGCAGAGAAGAUUAAUACUAGCAGCGAAAGUCCAGUCAGCGGAACAAAGUAUGACUGAUCUUGAUGAUGAUACUGCUUCAGAAGCAAGCAGUAAUUUCAGUGGAAUGAGUGCUUAUACCGCAGGGACAAGGAGGGGAUCCACUGCUUCCAUCAGCUCAAGCGCUGGCAGCCGAGCAAGAGAAGCUAGGCGUCAGAGAAACAGAGGAAAGAUACGACCUGGAAGCCCAGGAGAGGAGUUGGCUCUGGUGGAUCAUCUAAAGGGCAUGUCUCUAACAGCUGGAGCUAUGAGGGAGCUUAGGUCUCUGCUGAUCUGCCUUGUGACUCUCAGGGAGGAAGAAACUGCUCGAAAAUUGCAGCAUAUAGGAGAGUGCUUCCAACUGUCACAAUUGGCUGCAGUUAAACUAGCCGAAGACACAAUGAACACUGAUGCGAUAGAUGAGCAGGCCCAUACUUUGGACCGUUAUCUCCACAAAGUGAGGGUCCAAUCACAAAGUUUGGAGGUUAUGUCAUGGCGUCACAAAGUAUUUGUCUCUCCUUGAUGCAAGGAGAUGAUGUCAGGUUAAUAACAAAUUGGUUGAGCAGACUUCGAUUUACAGAGUACUCUUCAUUUUCUUUCAAGUAGAUAAUAGCUUAAUGGUGUCUUCUACUUUAUUGUCUCUUUCUCAUUACGAUUGGGCUAUCAUGUCUUACACAUUGUUCGUUUUGGGUCCAUUGAUGUCCAAGCAAUGAUCAAUGCUAUAAUACCUUGCAGACUCAAA